AUGCAGCCACGACAGCAAGCAUCGAGCGGCAAGACGGAACAGCAGCAGCACCAUCAUCAUCAACAGCAGCAGCAGCAGCAGCACCAUCAACAGCUGCACCAUCAGCAAUCUCAGAAGCAUCAAGCGCAGACGAACCAGCAGACGCAAAACGUUGGCAUCGUGCGGGGCAUUGUCCAGCACCAGCAAAAGUUCAACCACGUUCAGCGCCAUUCGCCCAGCUCGACGACGGUUACGCUGGCGAAGGGUGGCGUCUCCACCACGGUGACCACCACCAGUGACCACAGCACCAGCAGCAACAGUAGCACCAGCAGCAGUGUGAGCAGCACGGCCAGCUCGAGCUCGAACGCGUCCUCAAACAAUACGAGCACGAGCAGCGGAAUCGGCAGUAGCGGUGCAUCCGCAUCCAGUAGUGGCCAUCAUCAUGCGACGCAACAGCAGCAUCAGCCCUCACCAACGGGUCCGACAACGACGUCGCCAUCCGCCGUGGAAGCAACGUACGCUAGCGUCAUCAAGAAACCCAAAUCACACGCAACGGCGCCAGCGACGUCGGCGGCAACGACCACGUCCAACAACAAUGCCGGCGGUAACAAUGUGGUCGGCGAAUUUAAUGCAGCUGAUUUGCGCAGUUCGCUCGACCGCAAGGUAAACGGGCUCGUGUUUAGUAACGGGUUGAACGAGCGCGUAACGCAUCCACCGUCAUCGACGUCACCUUCGGGGGCCGGACCGCAGCAACCACCGGCCGCGACGAGCAGCGUUAUCGUCGGCGCCACACUGAAACCCGACCAUCAUCUGCUGCUGCACCAUCACCACCAUCACGGUACGAUGGGCCGGCACUAUCACCACACGCAGCUACAGAAUCUGCUCUGCACGGACAAUCAGAACCAGCUGGACACGAGUAGCGUCAGCAGUAUCAGCAGCUCGAGCGUCGGCGAGCGUGGCAACAACUCCAGCAACCAUCCGUCCCUGCUGAACGGUAGUAGCUCCACGACCAAUUCGCCCAUCACGGGCAUCUCCUCGAACGGGGCGCUCGUGCCUCCACCGUACCGGGAUCCACCGCCGCCCCGGAACAGCCCGCUAUCGCACACGCUUACCAGCCUCAGCAGUACCGGCAGUGGUACGGGGAGCAGCAGUACCCAGGGAAGGCGGCAGGAGACCGGCGGCAGUAACCUUACCGGUGGUUCAUCGUCAGCAUCUUCGACCGUGUCGUCGCUGGUGGUGGUAGGUGCCAGCGGGACGGAAGAGAUACUGGUGGGUAGUGCCACGGACAGCAGUAUACCGCACGUGACGGGAUACCGGGAGCUGAUGCAGCUGAUCAAGUUACAGCGCGAGAAAAUCAAUACCCAGCAGGCGGACCUUUCGAAGCAACUCAGAUGUUCGAUUGCGUACGAUUCGGAGAUCGUGUACCUGGAGACCCGGAGCCGUGAGCAGACCGAUCAGCUCGAUGCGAUCACGCAGGAGAUCAACAAAACGGAGCAACAGUACCGGCAGACGAGCGAUCAGCUGCAGACGUACCAGUACGUGGAGGAGGAAAGCGAGCUCGUCCGGCAGCAGGAGAAAACGCUCAAGUCGGAGAUUACCCUGCUGCGGUCGAAGCUGGCCAACUGUGAGACGGAGCUGCUGCAGUGCAAGAACAAGAUCCGGCUGCUGAUGGACGAAAUCUUGGUGGAGCAGCGCAAGUAUAGCCGACAGUACGAUCCGAACCGACAACAGCUGUUGGAGCGGGCUCUAAUGUGUGAAGUUGACAGGCUGCAGGUGGAGAUCGACCUGGCGGUCCAGAGCGCGGACCAGGCGAACAAGGCGCACGAGAAGCUGAAGGGCGAGGUGACGCUGCUCGAGGGUGCGAUCACGGACAAGAAGAAGCAGGUCGAGAAGCUGGUGCACGAGAUGAAGGAGGUGAAUCUGCAGAGUUUGGCGGUGGUACCGCCGGCGGACGAGGUGCGCCACUUGCUGGAAGUUGGUUCGGUAAAACCGGGCAGUACGCGACGCAUGAUUGGAUCCCCGCGGCAGCUGGAAAAUGCGGUUCCGACGAGCAAAAAUCCGCACGGCGUUUGGGUUUGAGGAGGAGGAGGGCAGGGGUUGGCGCCAAUGGUUUCUUCCUUCCUUGGGCCGCCAGAUUGCCGCCGGAUGCUUUUCGCCAUUUUUUGCCCGGUGGCGGCAACGACCCAGGCAACAAGAACGGAGGCGGAUAUUAUUCUUGUAAUCAAAACGAUAUGGUAACCAUUCUCAAAAUGUGAUAAUUCGUUGGUAAGCGAGCGCAACAGUGCGCAGUACAGUGAAAGUCGGGAGGCAACAGAGCGUUUGAAGGAACGCUACCAUUUAGACGAAAGCGAAUGUAACUGAAUGAACAAAAAAAACGGGCGCAUAACAAACAAUACACACACACGCGCGCAUACCGGUGAAAACGGAAAUAGCUUCCCGGGUUUGCCUUUGCUCCUCCCGUUUCGUUGUCUCCCCCACAGAAGGAACUUCCUGUGUGCCGUCGUUGGGAAGUAUUUCCGGCAGCGAAAAGACUUACGAGUCAAACUGGAAAGCGAGAGGGAAUAGAAUAUUUUGGGUCCAAAAAUGAAUGCCUCAACGAUGUGCAAGAUCACGUGCGAUCGUAUGAGUGGAAGGCACAAAGGAUGUUCCUUCUGAUAGAGGGGCGCUGUUAGGAAGACGAGAGAAUUGUUAAAUAAGAAAAAAGCUAGCUUUAAGACGCUUUAUGGGCCGCUAUCGCUAUAAGCUGUUGAUCCAGAGCAUUAAGUUGUGUUAUUGAACUACUCAAACAACCACCACAACAGUCGUAUGCGACGCGGACUAAAGUUGUAUAAGGUGUGGAUGCCAUUUUACUCGUAAUCUCACUGCUCACGUGCUGAGUGUCGUUCGAAUUGUUCGUUAAUUCGAAAUGAAAGCGCUUAACACACACUUCUUGCCUACUUCCUGUAUCCGUAUGUGUGUGUGUUUUUAAAUUGUUUUUGUUUAUAUUUGUUAUAAAUUGUACCAAUAGGCUCAUUUUAACUUUUCUGCAAACUGCGACCUCUUGCCAACUACCCGGGGGAUCGGGAUACUCAGCGUAAACGGCACGAACUAGCAACAUGCACCCCCUUCUUGUUCCAUUGUGUUUUAUUGCCAUCAAGUGUUUCACAAACACACAUACGCAUGUGGCGCACACAAGCACACCAGGUUUGUGCCAGCUAAAAGGAGCGUAUUAAUGCACGGCGGAAACUCAGUUUUCCUGCUUUUAAUCCCCGGGUCGCCCACACACACACACGCACGCAUGGAUUUCAGAACGGAACUGUGCAGUUUUCCAUUCCAAAACAUACACACACGCGCAUACGUUUCCCAUUUAAAUAAAAUCCACCAAAUCCGCGAGCGCACGUGGUGGGGGCGAUGCAGCUUUUGAAACAGCCUUCAAAAGGAAUGCAGAAGUAAGCGAUUGUUUUUAAUUCAUCGGUGCGAGUGUGUGAGGCCGUUCGUUGCCGUUUUUAAGCACUCCAAGCAGUUAAAGUUAGUGGAGGAAAAAAAUGCAAUAUAAGCGAUACCUAGAUUUCAUACUACACUACUUAACGUCUAGCUUAAGUGAAAAUAUGUUUUAGUUUUUUGUUUUAAAGGGGAGUUUAAAAGUUUUGCUUCGUGUGCUCAUUUCCGCUCGGCUUUCGACACAUCUAAUGUGGUCCCAUUGUGCGAUACUUACUUAAAAGAGAAGAGGGUCCUUCUUACUUAAGCCAACAGACAUGCCUUUUUUUUGGUUAGGACAUGUUCAGCUGUUAAUAGUAAUAGUAAGCGGAUCGGUUAUAGUGAGUACUUAAGCGCAAAACAGGCGAACAGUGAACAAGAAAUCAGCAACAAAUCACACCAACAACAGCAUUAUCAAAUGUUGAACCACGUAACUUAAACCACCUGUUAGGUUAGGAAUAGUGCUUUGCCUGUUGCUCCUCGUUCCGUGUAGUUUUCUAUCCUCCCGGAGGAACCGUUACUAUAUUGUAAAUGGAAUAUUCAAACUUCAUUUCGGUCAGGAAACGGUUUCAAUAUUUCGAACGAUUUUUGGUUUUACAUCUACCUUCUCAUUCAGGCUCGAUUGAAACACACAUAUCAACAGUAUAUAGUUUGAGAGACUUUUUGAUAAUUACUUUCCAUUGCCUUUGAAGCAGUAAACUUAGUAAAGACACCCGUUUUGUGUACCUUAAACUUAUCACAAAAAAAAAAAAACAAAACACAUGUCGAAAAGCUAUAUCAUGUAAAUGAAACACCAAAAACAAAAACUAGCAAGCGAAACACAUAAUCAAGAUGUCUAAAUUAUAAUACAAAAACAAACCAAAACUGCAAAAAAAGAACAGAUGAAGGCAGUGUACACCUGAUGAUGGAGCCGCCAUACACUACACAACUCACAGAGGAUAAGCGUGAAAAGCUUUCAAAGUGUGUGUGUGGGCAAUUGCAGUCAUUUGAAGUACUGCUGCACUGUGGUUGGAAAAAGCGCUGAAAAAAACAAAACGAAACGAAAGCGCAAAAGGACAGCAUAAGGAUAAACAAACUCUAUAUAAACAAGCGGGAGAAACUAACAAAACAACCACCCCAAAACCUGCUAACGAACCGUUUGGCUGCCUCAGCAAAGUUAAAUCCGGGUUUCUCUGAAAAGGGUCCUUGACGGUGUUUUUUUUUUUCUUUCAUUGCUGCCCUUUGCUUCACGCAAUGCGCAUGAUGACGAUACGGACUAGAAAGUCUAGCUAGGGCCAACCAUAGAUCGCUAGUUGAUUCACACAUUUCAUCACACAACACAAAAUACGGCUUUAUAGAGCAAACAGGGCGCCAUUUGCUGCAAAAAUGUUGUUGAACGUUUGAAAAGUUUGAGACAAUACUUUUACACUCACACACACACACACACACACACGGAAAACAAAAUAUGUGCGCGGAAAAUGUUAAAAAAAACCCCUCAAAGUCUGAAGGAAAGUUGAAAGCCCUCUGCUUCUCUGCUACAAGAAGCAUAUGAGCACAGAUGCGUGAACAACCAUUUGAAAGCUUGUGAAAGUUUGGUUUUUUGUUGCCUUUUUUUUUGUUCUGGUUUGUAUGCUUUUGCUGAGAUUGUAGAAAAAAAGGAGAAGCGAAUGUGUAAAUUGGCUUUGGGUUGGUUAACCAAAAGAAAAUUAAGAAGAGAAAAACAAAUCAAAAACAACUGUUUCGAAGAUGGGUUUAUGCGCACUGCACAUAAACACAAAGAUGAAUAUAUUUACGUACAUAUACAUAUACUAUUCUCUAUAUAUAUACAACAGUGCAAUAGCAUUCUUCUACUAUCUGUUUUAUUUUUUACACACACACACGCAAAACACGUCUAUUCUAACUUAAAGCCUAUUUCGGACAAAGAAAAAAAAUACAAAAAAACACAGAACGAGUUCAAAACUCACCACUAUCGAAUGCAGCACAUCAUACAGAUAAUUCUAAAUAAGUAAAUGGUAGAGCGAAAAACGAAAUGGGAGGGGAAAAGGAUAACAAUGGAAGAGAACAAUCUAAAGAGCUUAACAAUAUUGUAAAACAACAAAAGAAAGCAAAACAAGAAGAAAAAAAACACACACACAGAUAUACAUAUAUACAUACCAAACAAGGUGAAAUGGCAUUUAAAAUAGAAAACACAAGAGGAAAGAAAACAAAUCAUAAAAGACGUAAAACAACACAGAAGAGGGAUAAUAUAGCUAUGAGUAAAAUAAGUAACCUGAAAACCCCCUGGCGCUGAAUUGAACUUUGUUAAAGUAGCUAUGAGUUAAGGGAAGGAACAGAAGAAAAGGAUAGAAAAGAAGAAAAAAAAACAAGAGUGUUAAAGAGAAAGAUAGAGAGUGCGAAUGAAUUGAUAUAGAAGGUGCCUGCAUGCUUGAAUUGAACGCAUGGAUCAACGCAAGUAGCAUUGUUAGCAGUUUUACCGUUUGAUUUUGGAUCAUUUUUUGGCUUAAAAUUUUAUUUACAAAAACUGAUUUAUUUUUUUUAGUUAAAAACAUGUUAAAAAAAGAUUUGGAUUCCAAAAAUCAUAAUAAGGAAUUGCGAAAGCGAAGAAGGGAAACGAAUCUAAGAUUGACGAAACACUUAACUGUUUAUACAUUUUGUGUGUGUGUGUGUGUGCUUGAAGAAGGUGAUAAGAGCGCUUGAAAAGGUAAAAUUGUAAAAUGUUAUACUUGAAAACAGAAAAAAACAGCAAAUGAAUUGAAAAAACAAAAACACAACACAAGCAAAGUGCUAUUUGUUCUAUUUGUAUAAUAUUGAGGAAGAGCAAGAGUAUGAAAGUAGGGAGAGGAAAAGAAAUUGUAAAAAAGACAUACAUAUAAAAUAGAAGAAAAAAGACAACUGAUAGCAGAGGAAGAAAACAAACCGAAACGAAAACGAAUAAGUUUACUCUGUUUAAACGAAGUACGAAUGAAUUAUUUGUUAAUAUUAAACCAACACGAAUGCCCCUCUCGUUGCCUCAUCACCUUGCACGUAGCUCCUCCCCCUUUAGUAUGUAGUAUUUUUUAUAAUAAUUUUAAAAUGUAUUUUAUUCCCACUUUUAUAAAAGCCUCGUUUUUAGCCAUUCCGCGAUCUUUUUUUUUAAUGUACUUAGUCGGUUUAAGUCCUGUUACUAUUAAGUAGAUGAAUUUUGUCCUUAUACUUGUGGCGGUGGCUUUUGCUCUAGCCUACUUAGCUCAUUAGGAAAUGGGAAAAGAGAAAUGAGUAUGUGUGUGUUUAACGCUCUUUUCUUCCCUUUUUUUGUAAUGUUUUUUUCUUAUUUUAAUUUUACCCUUAGUUUCGUUUACGCUAAGUACGAUUUAUGUAUAAGAAGCAAUUAUUAUUGUUUGCAAUAUGAGACGAAACCAGUGUGGGUGGAAGUGAAUGGAAGAAAAAUAAAUUCGAAAAUACAAACCGUU